AUGACAAAGAGAAUGGGAUACGGAGACUGGAGAUGGCAGGCGCUCUGGUGGCAUCAUUUCUUUCUCUUGUGGAGUACAACAGACGGGCAGACACGUUACAGCAUCCCGGAGGAGCUGGAGCGAGGCUCUGUGGUAGGAAAUCUAGCCAAAGAUCUUGGUUUGGGACUGUCUGAGAUUUUCGAUCGCAAGCUGCGAGUCGCCUCUGAGGCUGAGGAGCAGUAUUUCAGCGUGGAUGCGGGGAAGGGCGAGCUGGUGGUGAAUGACAGAAUAGACAGAGAGGCUUUAUGUGGACAAAGCGCCAGCUGUGUUCUACCUCUGCAAGUUGUUAUUGAGAACCCGCUACAGUUAAACCGGAUAGAAGUGGAAAUAAGAGACGUGAACGACAACGCUCCUCGUUUUCUCAAUAGCGAUCACAUAAUAGAAAUUGCUGAAUCCACCGUUGUAGGUGUGAGUUUUCCCUUAGAAAGCGCAGAGGAUCCCGAUGUUGGGAGUAACGGAUUGAAGACGUACACUCUAAGCAAAGACGAGUGCUUCAUAUUAAAAGUAAAAGAAAUUGAAAAUGGAAGAAAAUUACCCGAAUUAGUUUUAAAUAAAUCAUUAGAUCGGGAGAAAAAGGCGAUUCACAAUUUGUUUCUCACUGCUGUUGACGGAGGAAACCCGGUAAAAUCCGGAACUUCAAAAAUAACUAUAACAGUUCUUGAUAAUAACGAUAAUGUGCCAUUAUUUGAAAAUAACGUUUAUAAAGUGUCUGUUCAAGAGAACAGUGCGAAUGGCUCGUUUGUAAUCACAACAAAAGCCACCGACAUAGACGAGGGUCCAAAUGGAGAAAUUGAGUACUCACUUGGCAUACACACACCACCAUCGGUGCUGUCGUUGUUUCAUAUAGAUGCUGUUAGUGGAGAUAUAUAUUUAAAAAAACAGUUAGACCAUGAAGAUCAAACCUCGUAUCGAAUAGAGAUAAGUGCGAAAGACAAAGGCUUGCCUAAGAUGGAGGGUCACUGCAGUGUGCAGGUGGAUGUGUUAGACGUAAAUGACAAUCCCCCAGAAAUACUGCUGACUUCAAAACCCACUUCUGUACCCGAAGACUCUCGCAGUGGCACAGUUGUUGCUUUGCUCAAAGUCAGAGACCUUGAUUCAGGGGAUAACAGUAAAGUGACUUUACAGCUUCCCAGAGGUUCUCCUUUUAUUUUGAAACCUUCAUUUUCUAAUAAUUACGCACUGGUUACCAGUGGUGCUUUAGACAGGGAGAGUUUCUCAGAAUAUAAUAUUGAAAUAACAGCCACUGACUCAGGCUCUCCCCCUCUCUCGAGCAAGAAGAUUAUUCCAGUCAGCAUCACUGAUGUGAAUGACAACCCUCCUGUAUUCUCUCAGCCCUCCUAUAAUGUGUAUUUAAAAGAGAAUGGGGUACCAGGAUCUAUACUGUACUCAGUAUCAGCCUCUGACCUGGAUUUUGGUGAGAACGCUAAAAUCUCUUACUCUAUACUGGACUCUAAAGUGCAGGACGUUUCUGUCUCCUCGUAUGUUUACAUUAACUCAGAUAACGGCAGCAUCUACAGCAUGCACUCGUUUGACUAUGAGAAACUGAAGGUGUUUCAGAUUCAGGUUCAGGCAAAGGACCAGGGCUCUCCGUCUCUCAGCAGCAACACCACCGUCCAUGUUUUUAUCCUCGACCAGAACGACAACGCCCCCUCUGUUAUUUACCCCUCCUCCGCUGUCCUGGGCUCCCUCUCUCAUCAGAGGAUGCCCCGCUCCGCUAAAGCGGGUCACCUGGUCACUAAGGUGACGGCCGUGGACGCGGACUCGGGCCAUAACGCCUGGAUCUCCUACAAAGUGACGGAGGCCACAGACGCCUCUCUGUUCACUGUCAAUCUGUACACAGGGGAGGUGAGGACUAAACGCGCUGUGUCCGAGCAGGACGACUCCUCUCAGAGGCUGCUUAUAGAGAUCAAGGACGACGGGGACCCGGUCCAGUCCUCCACCGUCACGGUGUCCAUCCAGCUGGAGGACGGUCUCCAUGAGCCCAUCUUAGACCUCCGACAGAAAGUGACCGAGCCCAGCAAGAAAACUGGGAGAAUCACCCUGUAUUUGAUUCUCUCUCUGGCCUCGGUGUCCGUGCUGUCUCUGUUGACUUUUCUCGUCUUAGCGGUUAAAUGCAUCAGGAGCAGCAGAAGCAGCGGUAGUUGCUGCAUGAGACAGGGGGACUAUGAUGGUUACAAGAACCCAAACAGAAACCUGCAGAUUCAGCUGAACACUGAUGGACCCAUUAAGUACGUGGAGGUCCUGGGAGGAGACAUGUUGUCUCAGAGUCAGUCCUUCCGGUCCUGUAUGUCUCCAAUGUCUCCAAUGUCCGAGUACAGUGACUUCACUAUGAUUAAGCCCAGCAGCACCACUGACUUUAAGGAGGUGAUCAGUGUCCUGGAUGCGUCUUUACCGGACAGCACCUGGACCUUUGAGAGCCAGCAGGUGACAUAUUCUAGCGGACCGGGGAUGACAAAGACAAUGGGAUACCGGGACUGGAGAUGGCAGGCGCUUUGGUGGCAUCAUUUCUUUCUCUUGUGGAGUAUAGCUGACGCACAGACACGUUACAGCAUCCCGGAGGAACUGAAACAGGGCUCUGUGGUAGGAAAUCUAGCCAAAGAUCUUGGUUUGGGACUGUCUGAGAUUUUUGACCGUAAGCUGCGAGUCGCCUCUGAGGCUGAUGAGCAGUAUUUCAGUGUGGAUGCGGGGAAGGGCGAGCUGGUGGUGAAUGACAGAAUAGACAGAGAGGCUUUAUGUGGACAAAGCGCCAGCUGUGUUCUACCUCUGCAAAUCGUUCUUGAAAACCCUCUACGUUUACAUCGCAUUGAAGUAGAAAUAAAGGAUAUAAAUGAUAAUUCACCCAGAUUUCACACAAAAGAAAUGUCUCUGAAAAUUGCUGAAUCUGCAGUGGUGGGAUCUCGUUUUCUUUUAGAGGGUGCAGAGGAUUCAGACGUUGGAAGUAAUUCGGUGAAAUCCUACACGUUGACUAAAAACGAAUGCUUUACGUUGAAAAUGAAGGAGGUUGAAGAUGGAAAAACUGUCCCUGAGUUAGUGUUAGAUAAGCUUCUUGAUCGAGAGAAGAAAGCAACUCAUCAGCUACUUCUGACUGCGUUAGACGGAGGGAACCCAGUCCUGUCUGGCACCUCACAGAUCACUGUCACAGUGCUUGAUAACAAUGAUAAUUUUCCAGUUUUUGAUAAAAAUAUAUAUAAAGUUUCCUUACAUGAAAACACGGCAAAAGAUACGUUUGUUGUCAAAAUGACAGCAACGGAUGCUGACGAGGGACCAAACGGUGAAGUUGAAUUCUCUUUUGCGUCACGGACACCUGAUUCCGUUUUAUCAGUAUUUGAAAUAAAUUCAUUAACAGGGGAAAUAAAAUUGAAAGGAGACUUAGAUUAUGAAAGAACAGCCUCCUACAAAAUUGAAAUAAAGGCGAAAGACAAGGGAGUUCCUGAAAUGGAAAGUCAAAGUCGUCUCCAAAUAGAUGUUUUAGAUGUUAACGAUAACACUCCAGAAAUUGUUCUCACCUCUGAACCGCAGCCGGUGCGCGAAGACGCACCAAGUGGCACAGUGGUGGCUUUGCUGAAAGCGCGUGAUGCCGACUCUGGCAAUAACGCUAAAGUGACAUUGCAAUUACCCAAAGGUUCUCCCUUCUCUCUAAAACCAUCAUUUUCUAAUAAUUAUGAACUGGUUACCAGUGGUGCUUUAGACAGAGAGAGUUACUCAGAAUAUAAUGUUGAAAUUACAGCCACUGACUCGGGCUCUCCUCCUCUGUCCAGUAAGAAAAUUAUUCCAGUCAGCAUCACUGAUGUGAAUGACAACCCUCCUGUGUUCUCUCAGCCCUCCUAUAAUGUGUAUUUAAAAGAGAAUGGGGUACCAGGAUCUAUACUGUACUCAGUAUCAGCCUCCGACCUGGAUUUUGGUGAAAACGCUAAAAUCUCUUACUCUAUACUGGACUCUAAAGUGCAGGACGUUUCUGUCUCGUCGUAUGUUUACAUUAACUCAGAUAACGGCAGCAUCUACAGCAUGCACUCGUUUGACUAUGAGAAACUGAAGGUGUUUCAGAUUCAGGUUCAGGCAAAGGAUCAGGGCUCUCCGUCUCUCAGCAGCAACACCACCGUCCAUGUUUUUAUCCUGGACCAGAACGACAACGCCCCCUCUGUUAUUUACCCCUCCUCCGCUAUCCUGGGCUCCCUCUCUCAUCAGAGGAUGCCCCGCUCCGCUAAAGCGGGUCACCUGGUCACUAAGGUGACGGCCGUGGACGCGGACUCGGGCCAUAACGCCUGGAUCUCCUACAAAGUGGCGGAGGCCACAGACGCCUCUCUGUUCACUGUCAAUCUGUACACAGGGGAGGUGAGGACUAAACGCGCUGUGUCCGAGCAGGACGACUCCUCCCAGAGGCUGCUUAUAGAGAUCAAGGACGACGGGGACCCGGUCCAGUCCUCCACCGUCACGGUGUCCAUCCAGCUGGAGGACGGUCUCCAUGAGCCCAUCUUAGACCUCCGACAGAAAGUGACCGAGCCCAGCAGGAAAACUGGGAGAAUCACCCUGUAUUUGAUUCUCUCUCUGGCCUCGGUGUCCGUGCUGUCUCUGGUGACUUUUCUCAUCUUAGCGGUUAAAUGCAUCCGGAGCAGCAGAAGCAGCGGUAGUUGCUGCAUGAGACAGGGGGACUAUGAUGGUUACAAGAACCCCAACAGAAACCUGCAGAUUCAGCUGAACACUGAUGGACCCAUAAAGUACGUGGAGGUCCUGGGAGGAGACAUGUUGUCUCAGAGUCAGUCCUUCAGGUCCUGUAUGUCUCCAAUGUCUCCAAUUUCCGAGUACAGUGAUUUCACUAUGAUUAAGCCCAGCAGCACCACUGACUUUAAGGAGGUGAUCAGUGUCCUGGAUGCGUCUUUACCGGACAGCACCUGGACCUUUGAGAGCCAGCAGGUGAGCAGAAAACAAUAG